CAAGCGCGCACGCACGCCAUCCCACCACUUCCAUCCUCCCACCGCCCACCGCUUCCACUCCGGCGUAGCGCAGCGCAGCGCAGGCAUGGCAAUGGGCACGUUCCCUUUCCAGUGGCCUAUGGACCCCGCGCCCGCGCCGACCUCCAGCCUCGACGCCAGCUUACCGCCCUCUCUGCUCCCGCCUCCGCCCGCGGCGGUGCCCGACGACGGCGCGGCGUACUACGCGGCAGCGGACAUGCACGCCUCCUCUAUGCCCGACCUGGCACCGCCAUUCCCAUCACGGGACGCGGUCGCCGCCGAGCUGGCCAUGCGGCGCGCCGAGGAGGAGGUCGCCGGCAUCCGCUUGGUUCACCUCCUCAUGAGCUGCGCGGGCGCCGUCGAGGCGGGCGACCACGCGCUCGCGGCCGCGCACCUGGCCGACGCCAACGCCUCGCUCGCGGCCCUCUCCACCGCCUCCGGCAUCGGCCGCGUCGCCCUUCACUUCACCGACGCGCUCUCCAGGCGGCUGUUCCGGUCGCCUACCACUCCCCCGCCCACCGACGCCGAGCACGCCUUCCUCUACCACCACUUCUACGAGGCGUGCCCCUACCUCAAGUUCGCGCAUUUCACGGCCAACCAGGCCAUCCUGGAGGCCUUCCAUGGCUGCGACACCGUUCACGUCAUCGACUUCAGCCUGAUGCAGGGUCUCCAGUGGCCUGCUUUGAUUCAGGCCCUCGCUCUCCGCCCCGGCGGGCCACCGUUCCUCCGGAUCACCGGCAUUGGCCCGCCCUCCCCACCAGGCCGCGACGAGCUCCGCGAUGUCGGUCUCCGCCUCGCCGACCUCGCGCGCUCCGUCCGCGUCCGAUUCUCCUUCCGCGGGGUCGCCGCCAACAGCCUGGACGAGGUCCACCCGUGGAUGCUCCAGAUCGCGCCCGGCGAGGCCGUGGCGGUCAACUCCGUGCUCCAGCUCCACCGCCUCCUCGCCGACUCAGCCGAUCAGGUGCCCAUCGACGCCGUUCUCGACUGCGUCGCUUCCUUGCAGCCCAAGAUCUUCACGGUCGUGGAGCAAGAGGUGGACCACAACAAACCGGGGUUCCUCGACAGGUUCACCGAGGCGCUCUUCUACUACUCAGCGGUGUUCGACUCUCUGGACGCGGCGAGCGCGAACGGCACGGGCAACGCGAUGGCGGAGGCAUAUCUACAAAGGGAGAUCUGCGACAUCGUGUGCAACGAGGGCACCGCGCGCAUGGAGCGACACGAGCCGCUGUCGCAGUGGAGGGACAGGCUGGGGCGCGCGGGGCUGACCGCCGUGCCGCUCGGGGCGAGCGCGCUCCGGCAGGCCAGGAUGUUGCUCGGGCUGUUCUCCGGCGAGGGACACUCCGUGGAGGAGGCCGAGGGGUGCCUGACGCUCGGGUGGCACGGGCGCCCUCUGUUCUCGGCGUCGGCGUGGCGAGCGGCCGCCGUCGGCUGCGACGCCGACGGCGAAGAUAACCAUACCAGUAACAAUACUAGCAACUUUAGCGGCAGCAGUGGCGGUGGUAGUGACAGUAAUAACAGCAGCAGCAGCAACGGUAAGUGUAGCGGGGUUGUUGGUGCUAGCAGCAUGUUUUUGUAAUCGUAAAUCGCAGGCAGUCCGGAAAUCUCAAUGACAUGAAACUCUCGAGCUUAGCAUCGCA